AUGCCAUUUACGGCACGUUCGGUCUGUGUACUCUUCCCGAACAUCUUUAUGGGGCUUGUGAUAUUGCUGUCUGUGUCACGUGAUCAAGUGAAUGGGAUACGUCAACAGUGUGGAGAUGUACCAGAUACCGGGGUUACAACAAGUGAUAACACCACAGGUGGCUACAAAUUAGCGGUUUACCAUGAACGACUUGAUCCGUACCUUGACUUCCUUCCAAAUAUGACAUACACAGUUGAAAUCGAAUACGAUGGGGGUGACAGAAGGAUACAUGCUUUGGAACUAGACAUUACGUAUGACGGUUACGAGGACAUAAACGCAAGUGACGUACAUAAUGUUCGUUGUAGGAAUCUACAAACCCCUGUGCGGGUAGAAUGGACACCUUAUACCAAUUUGGAAUCCUGUGUAAGAUUAAGGGCGACUAUAUGGAGCAAUACUACUCAAGGCUUCAAUAUUAGUUUGAAAAUCUGUAAACCUCCAGGUUGCAGACAGUAUUACAAUGCUGACACUAGAGGAACAGUGAGUAGUCCGGGGUUUCCACUGAAAUAUACUGACAACUAUAAGUGUACCUACGUAAUCUAUACUUCAUACCAACAUCAAGUCCGAUUGCAGUUCCGAUCGUUUCAUCUUGAACCUGCUUAUGACAAAGAGUGUUUUGACUCUGUCCUGAUUCAAACUACAGAUAACAUAACAACACUUUGUGGGACAAGAAACAGUACUGGUCUAAAUGAUCUGAAUUUCCUUUCCGAUGACGGGAUUUUACUUCUGACUUUCGUGACGGAUUAUAAGGUAGUUGCUGGAGGAUUCGAUGCCUAUUACUACACCAUAGUAAAGGCCAAUAUCGAUUCCUGUAGCUACACCACAUCGAAUUUGACAGGAAAAAUAUAUAGCCCAAAUCAUCCGGAUAAAUAUUUCCCUAUGAUGAAAUGUACUGUUCAAAUAACGCUACCGACCCGUUUUCGAAUUUCACUUCAUUUACAAUAUCUAGAUCUGGACAUAUCAGCAAAGACAGGCAGCUGCUCUAAUAAUGAGGAUUAUCUAAAAAUCAUACAAAAUACCACAGAACACGACCAAUUACCAUUAAACAAUUUCUAUUUUUGUGGUAGAAGGAUGGACUAUAGCGCUGAACAAACAAUAAUACAGUCUAGUGGAUCUUCAGUAAAUGUGGUAUUUCAAUCAUACAGUUUGCAUGAAGGUAAAGGUUUUGUGUUUCAGUAUAGCGCGAUAGAAUCCUGCAAAAAUACCACAUACCUUAACAUCACCAAAGGGAAUUUGAACAGCGUAAAUUUUCCUGAUAAUUAUUUGAAUGAACAAAAUUGCUUUUCAACUAUAAAUUUGACAGAAUAUUCGGGAAUUUUAGAACUGAAAUUUACAUAUUUCCACACUGUUUCAAGCGAAAACGAUGCCUGCAUGCACGCUGGAAGUUGUAGAGAUGAUUAUGUAGACAUAGAUACCGAUGGUGUCAUGACGCGCAUGUGCGGCCACUGUACCCGGGACAGAAUACCAUUGUUGUUCUAUUCGUCAUCAAGAUUCAUUCAGGUGCAAUUUGUCUCUAACGGUCACCUCACACGACCUGGCUACAGUGGGCAGUGGCGUUUAGUGGACACCGUACCACGUGAUGACCUCGUUUGUCCAACCAUAUCCAUGGAUACCGACGACAUCAUGUAUGACUUCGUUUGGAAGGGGAAGUCCUGGUCUGAGGCAAAUUUGGAUUGCAGAAACAGCGGAGGUUUACUUGCCUCUAUUACCAACAUCUUUACACAACUGUUAAUUGACAAGUUCUUAAGGAACAAUUCCUAUUGCACCCAGCUGUCCUCCUCUUUUUGGAUUGGUGCCCGUGACCAUGUGUUUGAAGGAGACUUUUACUGGGCUGACCUCACACGUCUGAACUUUACAUAUUGGUUUGAAGGAUGGCCUGAAAAUGGGUUUAAAGUCAAACAACCGAGUGACGAUGGCUUAUCUGAAGAGGAUUGUGUUGAAAUAAGAAACAGUUUCCCCCUCCCGGUCAAAGGGGAGAAAGCCACCCAUACUUACUACUGGAAUGACAGGAACUGCCGUAUUAGAAACCCCUACAUCUGUCAAAGAUCGAAACAUGGAGAUUUAGCAACGCCUUCUGCUGGCUGGAACAGCUUGAAAACAACGACAGUUGUUGAUGUACAAAUGGACAGUCAGGAACAAAUUGUUAUACACAGCCCAAACUUUCCUAGAAAGUAUGAUGACUUCACGGACACAACACAUCAUUUGACAAGCUCUAAUCCAUUUCACCGCUUACAUGUCCAUUUUGAAGCAUUCGACUUAGAACCAUCUAGAAGCUGCAUUUGCGAUAACUUCACCCUAAGCAGUUUCACUACCGCAUCCCCGGAUAUUGUGCGAUGUGGUGAUUGGAAUACAAAGAUUAAAUUAAUGGAUUGGACAUCACAAAGCAACCAAGCAGAUCUUCGAUUUAGGUCUGAUAAUUCAGUUUCUGCAUCAGGUUUCAAGCUCUCGGUCGUCGCCCGUGAAGACCCAGGAUGCAGGGAGGCUUUCCAUGAUAUAUAUCCUAAACUGGUCGUGGAUUCCAAGAUCAUGUUACUGUCAGACGAUCUCUCGUGUUAUCUCAUCAUUCCACGUGCGACUGAAUCGUUCCAAAUCGCGAAAAUGACGUGCGCUAUGUACAAUGCGUCGUUAGUCAAUCAAACUUCUAAUGACCUCUGUAACCUAUGGACGAAAGCAAUACGAAGUAUAUACCCAGAUUACAGUCAAGAAUAUAUCAGUGUCUGGACAGGGGAUGGGACGAGAAAAAAUGGAUCUCUCUGUGGAAUGAUGAAUGUUCGACUAUCCGGGAAAAGCUGUUUAGAAAUGGACGACGUAAUGUCGUAUGCUGACUGUAACAUACCUCGUCCAUUUAUAUGUGUAAAAGAACAUCAUCUGACAGAUUCAGUUCAUAUCCCGACAGAAGUUCUCGGCAAACAAACUGGUCAGAUAAAAAUGCCUCCGAAUACAGGUCACCCAUAUGACAACAAUCUACACAAGGAAUAUGAAUUACACGCUGCAGUUGGAAACAGAAUCUUCGUCACUUUAGAAUUCUUAGCAAUCGAGUACCAAGAGGAAUGUUUAUAUGAUUAUUUGAGCCUGAACGACAUCAUGGGUAACAAUACAACCUUGUGUGGAAAUGGAAGCACUACCCGUACAAAGUAUUUUCUUUCUAUAGAACAACAGAUCAAGAUCAUAUUUCACACAGAUUCUUCGAUUGUCGCUGAGGGAUUUGAACUAUCUUGGAAAUGGAUAAAUAAAGAAGAAUGUGUACAGAAUGUACGUGUGAAUAAUAGUGAUAAGAGUGGAAUUAUAUCAAAUAUCAACUACCCACUGCCCUACCCAGACAUGGUGAGAUGUUGCAAGUCCUUCAAUUGGCAAAGUAACUCUAGAAUUAUUGUAUUGUUCAAUAAUAUCAACAUUUCACAAAACAAGUUAGAUCCAUCCCUGGUUUUGUACACCGAGGAGCGAAGGGUUACUUUACCACACAAAUUAGAUACAACAUUUCCUGUAAGUCAGCGAACGUUUAUAUCGGACAUGAGUGGUUUACGGUUCUGUUUAAACGUUGAUUCGAUAGAGGAAAAUGAAGGAUUUUUCGGCACUUAUUCAAUUUCAAACGAGGAAAUAAUACGAGUAUCCGAAACUAUAAAGAUCACACCUAACCAACAGCGUUCCGGGGUCAUACAGAGUCUUCACUUCCCCAACAGUGCCCCACGAAACUCUGAACAGACCAUCAACUUGACGACAGACAUCGGAUCAAACAUACUGCUUGAGUUUACAGAUGUGACUCUCAUGGAUAGUUUGCGAGAUACUGCGUAUUUGGAAGUUACAGAUACUUCCCUAGGACAUGGUUAUUACAGACCCAUCGUCAACAUGACGGCAAAUUCAACAUCACAGGGUCGUAACGUUUUUCGAUCUCAUUUAAAUUCUGUGCAGGUGAUAUUUUCAUCAAGAUCUGGGUCGGAUAAACACUGCAUGUUCCAAGCAAGAUUUACCACAAUCACAGAUGAUAUGUAUUUAGAAAAGACCAAAUCCUUAACGGAUGGAACAAUACGUUGCUGUGGUAACGAUACUUGCCUUAAUGGCGGAGUCUGUAUCAGCCUAGAGAACGAGAGAUCCGCCUGUAAAUGUGGAGCAAAUUAUACAGGUCUGUUUUGCCAAACGUACUUGUGUGACCUUUUCCCUUGUGUACACGGAGAAUGUGAUAUCAAUGAUGGUGGCGCUACCUGUGAAUGUGAAUCCGACAUAUGGGGCGAGCACUGUAACAUGACAAAAGUACAGUGUAGCGACUAUUGGUGUCAAGGCCACGGAGUCUGCGCACAGUCCAAACAAAGUCCGCAGUGUAUCUGCACAGGGCAAUGGAUAGGUGAAGAUUGUUCGUCCAAGAAGCCAGCGAAGAAAACGAUAAUGGGAACUGGUGAGAAACUGCUAAAUGAACCUAUCUGGAUAGGCAUGAUCGUCGUACUUAACCUUGUAUUUGCCUUCACGUCGAUGUUCAUCGUACGCCGUCGAUGUGAGAAGAAAUUGAAUUGCUGCAAAGAAACAAAGUCGACCGAACAUGGCAUAGAGAAAGGAGGGCCAGACAGGCUGACAGAAAACAAUUACCCUUGCAUCGCAGAUAUGUAUAAACACUAUCGGUACCCUGCCAAUGACCAGGACGUAUCUUUGGAAGACAAUGAGGGAGAAGAGCUCUGUGACGAAAUUGAGUCGCCAGAUAUCAAUUUUGUUAAUCAUCGGGCCGCUGCCAAACUAUUCGCAUCUUACAAUAACCGACAGUCGGAUCUCACUGUACCUGUCAUGGAAAAACGUCCCACGAUGUUGGAAAAGAAUUCCGAGGACUCCGUGGGAGGAAUGAAGGGAGGCACCCUCAAUUUUUGUACUGACCAGGACAUUGACAUAACCUGUGAUGAAACGAGUGAAAGUGAGAUAGCUGGGGCCUGUUUUGAUGCCGCAGUCCCUAUCCUAAAGAUUUCAGAAUUAGGAAUGAAAUCUUUUGAGAUGAAUUACCUAAGUCCCUUUAAGACAAAAAUGCCGCAGUUGGGUAAUAGGUUGUUGCCUAAAAACGUCGAGCACUGCUAUCCAGAAAUCGUUGUGGUAGGCUCAACACCAACACAUCUAAUCGAUCCCUCUCCUCUUCACAGAAGUGGGUCCUUCGGCUAUUUAGUAAUGCCGUAUCAAAGUCCUACGGCGCAGCGGCCGGAAAUACCUUUCAAAUUUUUAGACGUGGACAGCAAACGAAAACGUUUUGCAUCAAAGUUGCGUGUUGAAAGAACACCGUUCAACAGUGAAAGUAUAUCUGUGCCUCAUUCGUCAAUUUCUACUAUAAAUCUGAACAACAGCACUGAUCUUCCCGAUGUAUUUGCUACCAUUGAUAGUUCAGAAUCCCAUGGCGCUCGUUCAUAUGAGGAAAUGUAUGGAAUAAACUCAUUGGAAUACGGAACAGACCCGAUGGAGGUGGACAUGCUGGAAAAACGACCAAGCGUUUGUUCGAAGGCAGAAAAUACUUCCAGGGAUGAUCCGUGUAACAACGGGGGCUUAUCAGAUAGGAAAUUACGUCUAGCUCGCACGGAGCGUCGAAGGAGAGGAUAUUGUCAUUCUCAUAAAAUAAGCUCUGCAAAACAUCAAAACUUACCGCUUUCAAAAACAAGCAGUGAUACAGAUUUGCCAUAUUUCUCAAAAACAAAACACAAACACAGACGCUCACGAAAAAAACAAAGGAACGAACAAUGCCAAAGUAUUCAAAGGAUGCUAGAAUCAUCAAUUGCCGAUAAUACGUCACCUGCUUCAACCUCGAGGAUUUCUGUACGUAAAUCUCGAAGUAACGAUCUAGUGCCGAAUCAUUUGGCCAAAACCCCCUGUAGUCUUGAAAAUGGUUCAGAUGGAAAGGUUUUGUAUGCACCGACUGUACAACGGCGACACUCGUACCACACACAGCAGAACUCUGAGAACGUAUACGACCCCGACAGCAUGCUCAACACCGACCAAUGCCUGGCAUAUAGACUGGAGAAGAGCGAAAACGACUUGCCGAGACUACCCCCGUUCUCGUCAUAUGACGUAUUAGAUGAGUCAACAACUUCCUCUGAUGUGUCUGGUAUGUUCUUAAAGAAUACCAACAAAAGCGUGACGCUGAAAGUUCCACUUACAUCCGAAACAGAUACCGGAUUUUCGUCGUCAUCAAGGAGUUUACUUACACCUAACAGUGGCAAAGAUGAUGCAGAUGUUUACAUACAAUCAGUUGGAAAAGUCAAGAAAAUGGACUCUGCGUACCAAACUAAACAAAACUCCGAUGACGUCAUCGACAAGACGGCAUCAGCUCAAAGUCAAUAUUCACAAACAAACAAUGCAAGGAAAGAGACCAAAGUGAUGGUGCGUUUACAGCAGGCAGCGUUAAGACUACAGACGUUAUCGUCUUCCUGUGACAGCGCAGAACAGACAACAAUAUCGGAGGACAAAGCGGGCGACACCCAAAGACAUAAUAAUAGGAUAUCAGAAUAUCUCCGUCAGAAAGAAGGAUUGGAAGAGGUAUCUGAAGAACAUGACGUUACUGGUUACACUUUUAGCAGUAAUUCGUUGAUGAAUGACGGAAGCCUUCAUGAUUCAGUGCUUGAUAUAGAGCUACAAGACUUCAGUUUUGUGUAGAAUUAUAUUACACAGAAUACUUUUUUUUCAAAAAGUAUCAUAUGCUUUGGAUUGCAAAGAAGUUACAAAUAUAUAUGAAAUUAAAUUCAUAUGACAAGAUUUCAGGAAUUUGAUAGUGUACAUAUGACGUGAAAGGAUUCAGAUCUAUGUAAUCUAUGAAGUCGCAAAAUAAGAUAUAUGAUAAAUCUGAUACGUUUUGAGAUUUAGUUGCAGCUUUCAGUAAGCUAUUUUGUAUUUAGCAUUUAAUAGCGAUUUUUAUUUCUAUUAUGUUUUGAACUAUUUAAAUACUGAUAUCGCCAUAUAUUUUUGAGAUAUAUUUUCAAUAAUAAAAAAACAUACAUCUGCAUUAAUAAUAGAUAUCUUUGAAUAGAUUUGUUCUUAUCUGAAAUACAGUUAUAAGAAUUAGAUAUUUUGGUGGUUAUAUUUACUGGGUAAAACCCCAAACGACUUACAAUAUUUGAUAAAAGGCAUGUUAGCACUAUUAUUUGAAGAUCACUUUCAUGAUUUUCGCAAUGUUACAAGAAUUUAAUGUGUUAACUGAACCUAUAAUGAACUUAUAAAAAAAGGGGCAAUGUUAAGUUUUGGUGCAUCCCAUGAAAGGGAUAAUGUGAGGUUUUAGUGCAUCCCAUGAAAGAGAUAAUGUGAGGUUUUAGUGCAUUCCAUGAAAAGGAUAAUGUGAGGUUUUAGUGCAUCCCGUGAAAGGGAUAAUGUGAGGUUGUAGUGCAUCCCAUGAAAGGGAUAAUGUGAGGUUUUAGUGCAUCCCGUGAAAGAGAUAAUGUGAGGUUUCAGUACAUCCCAUAAAAGGGAUAAUGUGAGGUUUUAGUGCAUCCCGUGAAAGAGAUAAUGUGAGGUUUUAGUGCAUCCCGUGAAAGAGAUAAUGUGAGGUUGUAGUGCAUCCCAUGAAAGAGAUAAUGUGAGGUUUUAGUGCAUCCCAUGAAAGAGAUAAUGUGAGGUUUCAGUACAUCCCAUGAAAGGGAUAAUGUGAGGUUUUAGUGCAUCCCAUGAAAGAGAUAAUGUGAGGUUUUAGUGCAUCCCAUGAAAGAGAUAAUGUGAGGUUGUAGUGCAUCCCAUGAAAGAGAUAAUGUGAGGUUUUAGUGCAUCCCAUGAAAGAGAUAAUGUGAGGUUUUAGUGCAUUCCAUGAAAGAGACAAUGUGAGGUUUUAGUGCAUCCCAUGAAAGAGAUAAUGUUAGGUUUCAGUACAUCCCAUGAAAGGGAUAAUGUGAGGUUUUAGUGCAUCCCAUGAAAGAGAUAAUGUGAUGUUUUAGUGCAUCCCGUGAAAGAGAUAAUGUGAGGUUGUAGUGCAUCCCAUGAAAGAGAUAAUGUGAGGUUUUAGUGCAUCCCAUGAAAGGGAAAAACACCGGAGUGUACUCUCAUCAUAAACCGCUUUGCGGUUUAUUUAGAGUACACACCGUUUUUUUUGUG